CAAGACAUAUGGCGUAAAACAGAAAAAUCUAUGCAAUCUGAUAUUAGCGAACUUAAUAUUAAGCUUCUUAAAGUAGAAUCAGAAUUCAACGAAUUGACGCGUAAAAUUAUUGAGGAACAGAAUUCUCAUAAAAUUAAAGAAGACAACUUAAAUAAACAAUUGAAAGAAGCUCAUCAGCAAGUGAUCGAUUUUCGUUCAGAUCAACGUCGAUUAAAAGAACUCGAAAACGAAAUAAAAACUCUUAAAAGUAGUGAGUCGGGGCAGUUAAAGUCCAAAAAUAAGGAAAUUGAUGGUUUGAACGAGCAACUAGCUCAUCGCAACCAGAGAGUUACUGAACUUGAGAAGGUCCGGACCGAACUACAACAAUCCAAGCAGAUCGCUGAGAACCAAUUGUUUGAACUUCGAGAAAAACAUAAAGCUCUUGAGGAUGAUCUGCGGAAAGAACUUGAAAACCAAGUCCUAAAAUAUGAAACACAGAUAGUUGAACUAGAAUCACUUCGAC